UCACCUGCCGACGCGGCUUGUUGACUCCACUCCGGGUGUAGCUCACCUGUGCCCGCGCCCGCCGGGCCGCCCGCCCCGCACUGCACUGCUCUGCCAUGAGCAAGUUGGGCAAACUCUUCAAAGGGGGCCGCUCCUCCAAGGGCCGCGCGGCCCCCAGUCCCCAGGACGCCCUGGCCCGGCUCCGGGACACCGAGGAGAUGCUGAGCAAGAAGCAGGAGUACCUGGAGAACAGAAUCCAGAAAGAGCUGGCCCUGGCCAAGAAGCACGGCACGCAGAACAAGAGAGCUGCCCUGCAGGCCUUAAAGAGAAAGAAGAGGCUCGAGAAACAGCUUUCUCAGAUCGACGGCACCCUUUCCACCAUUGAGUUCCAGAGGGAAGCCCUGGAAAAUUCACACACCAACACCGAGGUCUUACGGAACAUGGGUUUGGCAGCCAAAGCUAUGAAAGCAGUUCAUGAAAACAUGGAUCUGAACAAAAUUGACGACUUGAUGCAGGAUAUCACAGAGCAACAGGACAUUGCCCAAGAAAUCUCAGAAGCAUUUUCCCAACGGGUUCAAUUUGGUGAUGGCUUUGAUGAGGAUGAGUUGAUGGCAGAACUUGAAGAGCUGGAACAGGAGGAAUUAAAUAAGAAGAUGACAAAUAUCCAGCUUCCAAAUGUGCCUUCCUCUUCUCUCCCAGCACAGCCCAACAGAAGGCCCAACAUGCCCUCUUCAUCACGUCUGUCCCGAGCAGCAUCUUCCAGGAGAACAGAAGAAGAUGAUGAUUUUAAACAACUGGCAGCUUGGGCUACUUAAACUAAAACAGAACUUUUUUUAAACACCUAAAUUAAUGAACUACACAUAAGGCAUGAAAAUGUUUUUGCCAAGCUAAGAAGUUAACAAAGUCUUUGUUUUAUAUUUAUACUGGAUGAAAAAUUGUCUUUUAAGAAAAUGUUAAGGAACUGUUUUGUAGAUACCAUCAGAGAUAGCAAAGAGAUUCCUGCUAGAAUUAUAGAUCAUUGCAGAUUUAUGGGGUGGAUACAUGACUCUCUGCAAUGUUUACGAUUGUAUUUACAUUUCUGCCACAUAGUUAAUACUCUGUAUAUAUUUGUUGAAAGAAAACUAAAUUAUAUUAUCAUUUAAUAUGCAGACCAGCUUACAAAGCCAUUCAUGAGGGACACUUUAGGGUAAUGGGAAAAUUUCUAUGUGAAUGCAAGGUCACUGUGUGUAUCUCUGUCAUCCAUAAAUGUAAAAACAUUUAAGGACAGAUUCUUGUAGAGAUCUUCAGUGAGUCUAUACAUACAUUCAUUGUUUCACUUCAGUUUCAUGGUUUAAAAUCUUAAGGGUACUCUAAUUGACAUUUAUAUUGCCAAUUAAGCAAAUGAUACAUUUUCCAAAAUGUCUGAAAGCACAAGCAGUUUACCCUGCUGAGCGAGCUUCUCCUGGGUGUAACUGAGUCACUUAGGGAGCACCCACAGGCCAUUAUUCUGCAGUUUCGGCUUCUACGUGAGUGUUCAUUCUUUUCUGUUUUGGCUCUUUCA